GGAAUCACCACUUGCAUGUUAUAAAGUUACUACCGCCACACGAGGACGCUGUAUUUGCAAAUGGAAUUUUAAUUUUGUGGUUGUUUAGUAAUCAUUAGAAACCUUAGCAACACAGGGUAACGCUAUAUCAAGUGAAUACAGGUCUCUGAACAAAGUAAAUAUAGACUGUAUCUACCAUUACUACCAAGCUUUUUAAGGUGCUCAUGGAUUCAGAAAAAAUGCCGGUAGACUCUAAAGCUGAAGAUGGUUUGUACCAGUGUGACACUUGCCAGAAAACGUUUACAGAAAAGGGAAAUUUACAGAGACACAAUCGGAUUAUUCAUUUAGGAGAACGAGCUUACGAGUGUAAUGUAUGUAAGAAAACUUUCACACAGAAUGAGCAUUUAAAGUAUCACAUGGGUAUUCAUACUGGAGAACGUCCACACGAAUGUGAAAUUUGCAAGGUUUCUUUCGCAUCAACAGAAAAUUUAAGGAGGCACAAACUAGUUCAUUCCGAAGACCGACCAUUUAAAUGUUCCCUGUGUCAGAAAACCUUCAAAACGUCAGUCUAUCUAAAACAUCACGAGAAGGUCCAUUCUGAGGACCGUGCAUUUUGUUGCAAUACAUGUGACAAAGCUUUCAAAACAGCAGCUAAUUUGAAGAAACACCAACUUAUUCAUACGGGAGAGCGCCCCUACAAGUGCGAGCAAUGUGAGAUGUGUUUUGGGCAUGCAUAUCUUUUGAAAAAUCACAAACAUAUUCAUACGGGGGAAUGUCCGUUUGAGUGUGAAGUGUGUAACAAAAUAUUCUCACACAAAGGGAAUCUAAUGAGGCAUAAACGGCUUCACACGUUAGAAGAACCUUACAAGUGUGAAGAAUGUGGGAAAACAUUUCGGCAUUCUGCAAGUUUAAAGUAUCAUACGCUAACUCACACUGGGGAACGCGCAUAUCAUUGUGAAAUAUGUAAUAAGCGUUUUAAAUUGGCAAGCACUCUGCAGAAACACAGACGAGUUCACACUGGUGAAUGUCCAUAUAAAUGUGAAAUUUGUGAUAAAACGUUCAAGGAUAAAAGUCAUUUAAAUAGACACAUGCUUAUCCAUACCGACGAACGUCCGUACAAGUGUGAAGUAUGUAAGAAAACAUUCAAAUGCGCUGAAACAUUCAAGUCACACAAGUAUGUGCACACUGAUGAACGUCCAUACAAAUGCGAUGAUUGCGAAGCAGCUUUCAAACAGAUGAAAGAUUUAAAGAAACAUGCACGUAUUUCACACUGGCUUAAGGAGCCGCUGAUGGAUGCAGAAAAAAUGCCGAUAGACAGCCAGUCUAGGGCUGAAAGUGGUUUGUACCAGUGUGACACUUGCAAGAAAAUGUUUACAGAAAAAGGAAAUUUACAGAAACACAAGCGGAUUGUUCAUUUAGGAGAACGAGCUUACGAGUGUAGUGUAUGUAAGAAAACAUUCACACAGAAUGGGCAUUUAAAGACUCACAUGCGUACACAUACUGGAGAACGUCCAUACGUGUGUAAAAUAUGCAAAGGUACUUUCACAACAACAGCAGAUUUAAGGAAACACAGAAUAGUUCAUUCUGAAGACCGACCAUUUCAGUGUACUCUAUGUCAGAAAACUUUCAAAACGUCAAUCUACCUUAAACAACACGAGAAGCUCCAUUCUGAAGAACGUGAAUUCUGUUGCAUUAUAUGUGACAAGGCUUUCAAAAAUGCACCAAAUUUGAAGAUUCACCAACGCAUCCAUACUGGAGAGCGCCCCUACAAGUGCGAGCAAUGUAAGAUGUGUUUUGGGCAUGCAAUACUUUUGAAAAAUCACAAACGUAUUCAUACAGGGGAACGUCCGUUUGAAUGUGAAGUAUGUAACAAAAAAUUCUCACAGAAAGGGAAUCUAUGGAGGCAUAAACGGCUUCACACGUUAGAAGAACCUUACAAUAAUCGUUACACACGAACUCACACUGGAGAACGUGCAUAUCAUUGUGAAAUAUGUAAUAAGGGUUUUAAGUCGGCAGACACUCUGCAGAAACACAAACGAGUUCACACUGGUGAAAGUCCAUAUAAAUGUGAAAUUUGUAAUAAAGCGUUCAAGGAUAAAAGUCAGUUAAAUAAACACAUUCGUAUCCAUACCGACGAACGUCCGUACAAGUGUGAAGUGUGUAAGAAAACAUUCAAACGCGCUGAAACAUUCAAGUCACGCAAGUAUGUGCACACUGAUCAACGUCCAUACAAAUGCGAUGAUUGCGAAGUAGCUUUCAGACAGAUGAAAGAUUUAAAGAAACAUGCACGUAUUCACACUGACGAACGGCCAUGCAAGUGUGAUAUUUGACAGGAAACAUUCAGGGAGUCUGGUAAUUUAACAAGACACAAACUAAUUCAUACUACAACACGACCUUACAAGUGUAACUUACCGUGACCCAGGUGGUCUGAAGUACCACAAAAUGCUUCAUACUGGCGCCAAACCUUACAAAUGUGAAGAAUGUGAGGAAACAUUUGUUACUGCUGGGAACCUAAAAAAGCACUCCGGAUCGUACAUACGAAGGAACGUCCACAUGCGUGUGACGUAUGUAAUGCAAAGUUCAGCCAGUCAACAAGUCUUAAAAACCGUAAGCAUAUACAUACUGGAGAACGUCCUUACACGUGUAAAAUUUGUAAUGCCGAUUUUAAUCAUACAGAAAGUCUGAAGAGACACAAAACUGUUCACUUUUUUUUUCCAUGACAGCAGAUUGUAAUUUGAGAUACUAGUUUAGACCUGUCAGACCUGAAAGAAGGUCAGGUUAAAUUGUUUCAGCUCCAUAACUUUUAUGUACAUUGAAUUUUAUACUUUGUCACUUGUUAAUUAGCAAAGAAGGCCGGUAGCUCUACACGAGUGCCCGCUUCUGCUUAAAAUUAUAUUUGGAUGCGCGCUCUGGGGAUCUUCUUCUCACAUGAAAAGCCGGCAAGUCAUCAUUUGAGCCGUGCCAUGAGA